AUGAACACAGAGAUAAUAAGACAAAACACCAUUAUUCCUUUAACACCUGACAUAACAACCAACAAUAAUAUCGUCCACAGUAAUAAUAACAAUAACAAUAAUAAAAUGACAAAAUCAAAACAGGAUGAUAAUUUUGACAAUAGCAAUAAUAGCAAUAAUAGCAAUAAUAAUAAAAAUAAUAAAAAUAUUUUACCCACAACACGAAAUCGAAAUGUAAAUUCUCAACAAAAAGUAGGAAAUGGAAAUGGGAAUGGAAAUUCAUUAGCAGAUGAAGCAGCGAGUGGUUAUGGUACAGGUAAUUCAUUAUUAUCAUUAGACCCAUUGUCACAGAUUCAAUCUAUGGCUUCAUUACAAUCACCAACAUUUUUAAAUAAAUCUUCACCAAAUCCCACUCCCAACAUAUCACUCCCACAACCAACUAUUUCAACAACGGCAAACCCUACAUCACCACCUUCUUCCGCAAUAACAGCAGCAACUACAGGUACAACAAAUACAAAUACAAGUACAACAUCAACUACUGCAAAUAAUAAUAAUAAUAAUAAUAAUAAUAAUUUAAGUGCGGAUAAAAAGAUUCAAAACUCACUCCAACUCUUGAGAAAUAGUACCAAAAGUAAUUCUGUAACAUCAUCAUCAUCAUCAUCUUCUUCUUCAUCAUCAUCUUCAUCUUCACCACCAUCCACAAACAACAGUGAUAACACAUCACCACAAGAGCCGUCACCUUCAUCCUCUAAUUCAUCAAUAUCACCAUCAACAACUCCCACUUCUUCACAACAAUUAACAUCACCUCAAGAGUCAAAUCUUUCAUCCUCACAAGGUCAGACAACCACCACCACCACCACUACCACUACUACAAAUACCACCUCAACAACCACAACUAGAAAAAGAAGAUCUACAUCAUCAGUGAAUAACACAACAGUGGCAUCACAAACAAAUACAACUUCUACACCACCACCACCAACAACAACAACUACUACAACUACUACUACUAAACCAAAAGGAGCACCAAAAAGACAAACUAAAAGGUCAAAAAGUAAAGGUGAUUUAAAUAGUGAAAAUGAAUCAACCCCAUCAUCACAAUUAUCAUCAUCAUCAUCAUCAACAACAACAACAACACAAUCAUCUCAACCAAUCAAUGAUGAUCAAGAAGAUGACGACGAUGAUGAUGAUUAUGAUAACUCCCAAGCAUCAACAACUUCAAAUGGAAGUGGUGGUGGUGGCGGUAAUAAAAAGAAAACUAAAUCAACAGUUGGUAAUAGAUUUGAUAAUUCACUCGUACAAUUAACGAAAAAGUUUUUAGAUUUAAUUGAAAAAUCACCAAAUGGUGUAUUGGAUUUAAAAGUUGCAUCAGAGAAAUUGGAAAUUUCAAAAAGACGUAUCUAUGAUGUCACAUGUGUAUUGGAGGGUGUAGGAUUAAUUGAAAAAUGUUCAAAGAAUCAAGUACUAUGGAAAGGUAUUGGUAAUGAUGUCAAUGGCCAACAAAAUUCAAAUGGUCAACAACAACAUCAACAACAACCAUUAGAUCCAAAACAUGUCGAUAAUUUUAAAAAAGAAUUGAAAAAGUUGAUGGAAAAAGAAGCAAGUUUAGAUAACUCUAUUAAAAAAGCAAAUAAAAAUAUACAUAAUACAUUAUACGAACCAAAAUCAUCAAAAUUAAUGUUUGUUACACAUGAUGAUUUAAGAAAUAUUGAAACUCUUAAAGGUGAUACAGUUAUUGCAAUUAGAGCACCAUCUGGAACAAGAUUACAAAUUCCUGAUCCAGAUGAAGGUAUGGAACCUGGUCAAAGAAGAUAUCAAAUUUUAUUAGAUAAUGAAACUAAUGCACCAAUUGAUGUUUUCUUAUUAAAUCAAACUACUAUGCAACCAACUGAUUCAAUAACAAAUAAUACAAAUACAAAUACAAAUAAUAAUCAUUAUAAUAAUAAUAAUAAUAAUAAUAAUAAUAACAACAACAAUAAUAAUAAUAAUAAUAAUAACAAUAAUAAUAACAAUAAUAAUAAUAAUAAUAAUAAUAAUACUACAAUGAAUACAACUACGGAAGAAUAUAGUUAUGCAACCAAUGCAAUUACAAAUGCAUUAGUUGGUAUUACUAAUAGUAAUGCAUAUUUGGAUAAUAAUAAUAAUAACAAUAAUAAUAAUAAUAAUAAUAAUAAUAAUAAUAAUAAUAAUAAUAAUAAUAAUAAUAAUAAUAACAGUAUACUUUCACCAUCAAAACAAAUACAACAACAAACAAACUAUUUACAACCAUCACAAAAUGUUUCAUAUUGGGAACCAAAUUCAAUAUUACCAUCAUAUUCACCAUUUGAUUCAACACAUAAUCAACAAUCUACAAAUUCAUCCUCAUCAUCUUCAUCAUCAUCAUCAUCUUCAUCAAUGGUGGCACCACCAAAUCCUCAACAACAUGCAAAUAAUUAUCAAGCCUUCCAAAAGGUUGGAAAUAACUAUCAAGCUUUCUCUGAACCAAUGUUUGAACAAUCAUCAGAAUUUUACUUUGAAAGUAUGAUCGAUUCAGAAGGUAUUUCAGAACUUUAUACAGAUGACUCAUUUUUAACUCAAUCUUUUGAUGAUUUUGGAAAUCAAUCAAUAGAAUCAUAA